AUUCGUUCGUGUGCAGUGUGAAUGUUGUGUAAUAUGCCGCGGUGAUUCAACGUUGUGAUUUGUGAACUGUGUUUGUUGUGCGAAUUCUGCCUAGCUACCCGUAACGAGAUGCAGCCAAAGAGCAGCUUUUGAGCAGUGGAGUGAGGACUAAUUUCAGCGGUGAAUUGCAGUUGCAGCGUCGAGAGUGCACGAGAGGUCUGCGGUACAAAAAAUGAACGGGGUCACGAUGAUGGAUGAGAACGAUGGCAACAUUAAGAGCCCAAUGCGGCGGCUGGGAUCGACGAGGAAGCUAAAUCUCUUCAACAACAUUCGACAGCAGCUCAAUGAACAGCUCAAGUUUCUCGAUGUGCGCAUGGAAGCGCAGAUCGCGUUGGUGCAGGAGCUGCAAGAUUUCUUCCGGCGGCGCGGCGAAGUGGAGCUCGAUUACAGCAAAAGUUUGGACAAAUUAACCAAAAGCCUGCAACUGCGCCACAAGGAGCAGCGACAAAAACGGGAGCAAUGGCCUAUGUUCUCAUCGUACUCCUGCUGGCAGCAGCUGAUCAACCAGACCAAGUCCCUGUCGCGGGACCACGCGGCAAUGUCGGAAAUAUAUUCCACGCACCUUGUGGCCCGUCUGCAAACGGUGUGGGACGAUGUUCAGCGAAUUUACAGAAAGUGCCGUGAGAUCGGGUUCGAAACGCAUGUCGAGAUAUUAAGAAUUCUGCAGGAGCUGCAUACCAAUAUGAAAACAUACCACACCCUGCAGACGGAUGCGAAGGAAGCGGAGAAGAAACUGCGUGCGGCCGAAAACCAGCGCAUGAAACUGCAGCAGACCGUCCCGAAGGAGAAGCUGGAGCGGAGCAAAAAGUAUCGACUGAUCGAGAAGGAGGUGCUGAAGCGCAAAAAUAAGUACACCGACGCAAGACUGAAGGCACUGAAGGCGAAGAACGAGUAUCAGCUGUGUCUCGAGGCCUCCAACACAACGAUUCACAAAUAUUUUGUCGAGGACCUGAGCGAUCUUAUCGAUUGUAUGGAUCUGGGCUUUCACUCGGUAGUUUCGCGGGCACUACUCAUCCACGUCUCGGCCGACCAGGGACGUUGCCGAGCCGUGUUGCACAACGCCGAAACCCUGUCCCACAUUGUCAACUCCAUGGACAGUCGGGCGGAUAAACAGAAAUUUCUGGAGCAGCACAGUGCCGCCUUCAUGAUACCGAAACGACUCGAGUUCCAGGGCCAGGAAGAGGAUGUCGAGCCGGAGCUCCAGAAGGCGCUGCACCAGGAGAUGGAAUCUCGACUGCAGCAGCUGGAGCAGCGUGUCAACAACUUGCGCAUGGAGUCGGAAGAAAUCUGGAAAACGUUGGAAACGGCCGAAAUCAAUCUAUUGGACAUUCUCAACACCAAGGACUAUGAUUGUACUGGUGCUUUCGGUGACGGUGCGGUUGCAUUCCAGAAGGCCGAAAAUGUUUCCGUCAAGCUACGAUCCGAUAAGAACGAAAUCGAGGAGUUUUACAUUACGAAAAUCAGAGAAUAUAUUCUGGCCACAUCAAGAAUAGCGAGACUGGACUCGAAGGCCGAAUAUCUGCGCAACGCGCUGGCGAAGGAUUCUGCCAUUAAAACGGACACACUCGUCAAAUCGAACGUUCCAAAGCGGAAGCGUAUUGGGCGUAUGAACAAAUCGGGCCGACCGAAACUGUUUGGCGGUUCACUCGAAGAGUAUCUCGAAGUAUCUGGCGAAGAAAUACCGCUCAUUCUACGAAGCUGCAUAAGAGUCAUCAAUCUCUACGGAUUGCAUCACCAAGGCAUAUUCAGGGUGUCAGGAUCUCAAGUAGAAAUAAGUAACUUUAAAGAAGCGUUCGAACGCGGCGACGAUCCGCUGGCCGAUAUGACAGACGCGUCCGAUAUCAAUUCUGUGGCCGGUGUGCUAAAGCUCUACUUGCGAGAGCUGCGAGAACCGCUGUUUCCAUUAAUAUACUUUGACCAUUUCGUACAGCUGGCACAACUGGACUCCAAACACGACAUAGUAUCGGGAAUACGAAAGUUCUUCCAAAGUCUACCAAAGUCCGUUGUCGUGGUUAUUAGGUACCUGUUCGCGUUUUUGAACCAUCUCUCUGAAUAUUCCGACGAAAAUAUGAUGGAUGCGUACAAUCUGGCGAUUUGCUUCGGACCAACGCUAAUGCCUGCACCCGAGGACAAGGAUCAGGUGCAGUAUCAGAAUCAGGUGAAUGAACUGAUCAAAAACAUAAUCGUACACCACGCGGAGCUCUUUCCAAAGGACCUGGGCGGAAUAAACUACGAAAAGUUUAUCACAUCGGAAGCGUUUGAAGAUAUUGACGUUGGUGAAUCGCCUACCGAGCAAGUUUCGGAGGAUCUGGACUCGGAAGUUUACCCAUCCGAGGAUGAGUCGGACACUUUUGAAGCGAUUGUCCAGUUCGAUUUCAAUGCCCGAUCCGAACGCGAGUUGUCGUUACGUAAAGGAGAUACUGUGAUACUGUACAAUCAGGUUUCCAAUGAUUGGUGGCGAGGUGCUGUCAAGGGUAAAACUGGACUAAUCCCCGAUAAAUACAUAUCGCUUAAAAUCAAAGAUGAAGAUCGCGAUAAGAGUGAGCAUUUGAAAUCAUCCAGCUCCGAAGAGUCCGUUCGAAAGCGUCGUCCUAGUGGAAACAUUUCGCUCAAUAGCCAACUAUCGAUCUGCACACAGAACUCCAACACACUUUCCAACAUCACGAGCGGAAGCGAUUACACGGCAUCAACCAUAAGUGCUACAAUAGCUCCCGGAGGUGUGUCUGGCUCCGCCGGUGAAGGCGGUAUCGGUCCAUCUGGAAGCAAUUGUGGUGGAUCUGCGGGGGCACUACUGUUGAGUGGUCCACUGGCGUCACCGGGGCAUCCUCAGCAUCAGAGCGUGCAGCAUCCCUCACAGGCAACCACGGUAAACCAUCCACCGAAACAGAUGCCACAAGUGAGCACAGCCGUCACCCAUCAACCACCUUUACCGACGGCGACUCACCACACGUUACCGGUGAUUGGUGACAAGCUGGGAACCGACCUGAAGGACGUCGAUUAUAUCCACUACGAUAGUGUUGAUCAUUUAAAAACGUCGGCAUACAGCUACCACGAUGAACCGCACUCUUUUGAAAACUCUUUCGAGUUCGUCGAGGACAUGAAUCAUUUCACAUACGAGACACAGAAGCCAGCGGAACCGAUAUAUGCCGAGCCCACGAAAAUCACUAUCAACCGUGAGAAAACGCCGGCGACCGACACGGACACUAGCAGCAACACUAACGACGAUGACACCGACAGUGUGGAGUUGCGUCCGAGGCUUGGUGGCAUGGGUGACCCUUCGGAACACAGCAAAUCAACGCUGGGGUUGAACCGUCGGAGCGAAACGACCCUUUCCGCUUCGAAACCGACUGGCAGUAGCGAUGCGGAACAAUCGAAACCAAGCAGUUCCGAGGAGCAUUCCGAACCACCGAAACCGGCACGAAAGUAUCAUUCGAAAAGCUUCAGCUUAUCAGAGAACAAGCUCUCGUUGGCGAUUGGUGGAGUAGGUAUGAGCGGAACGACAGGGAACGUGUUUCAGCACAAUCGAGAUCUGUGGCAGAAACGUGCGACACAGAGCUCCUAUCAGAACCUGACGACAUCGCGCAUCUUGAGCCGAAAUCGUAUUGCGCCCGAUCUGGUGAUGGACCUCCCACCGUCGGCCAUCGGUAAAGAGGAGGCCAUACGUGUGUCGCGCGAGUCGCUCGAUGCGGAACUGGAGGAUAUGACAUCGGCGGAACGCUUCGCGGCCCAAAACCAGUGCACGCUCAAGAAAAACGAGCGUUUUUCGAACGAAUCACCCGUGUACGAAAACAACACCGUCAAGAAAGAGGUUAAACUGGACGCGAAAGAACCUUCGUCGGUUGUGGAGAAGCCAAAAGUGGAAGUGAAACCACAGGAUAUCAGUAUUAAGAGCUCCGGUGAGACAAAUGCUUCUGUUAGCGUCGUGAGCGUAGACAAUUCGAAGCUUAUCGAGCCGUGCCCGAGUAAGCCGUGCACUGGCGCGGGAGUAAAUGUAAUUACUUCCUCGAUUGCACCUACUGUUACCCUGGAAGAGGCACCGGAAGAAUCGGCGUCUUCGAUCGUGCCAUCAGCUAGCGGUACCGAUCUGGUCGGUGCCGCUGUACCGGUGAAAGAACUGAGCAAAAGUCCCAUUCCAGCCCGAAAUACACAGAAGUUUGUUUCGCAGUUUGCCGAUUUGCACCUUACCGGCGGUUGCCUGAUGAAGGCCGGCGAGGGAACAUCGGCCGCUGGAGUUGCGUCCCUUACGCAGGAGCAGCAGGCAAAGAAUCUGAGUUCGUUCAAACCGCAGGUUAAGUUUAAACCACAAAUUUUGAAGAAACCCCAAGUGUUGCCUCCUCAAACCCCGGAAAUGCAGCGUCGCAAUGCUGAUUAGAAGUGGGUUUUGUUCUCUCGCUCGAACACGUUUAACAUGUAAAAGCGUUUGGCAGUGACGAGAACAAUAACAAUAGGAGGUCCAGCGUAGCAAUGGGGCCUACUAGGCGACGAUGCAGAAGAACAGUACACGUUUUAAACAGGGACUUGGUGGGAAAGGGAUCUCAAUCAAGCAUACAGCGAAAGCAGAGUGCACUCGAAGUGACAUAUACUUGAACGAAGUUUACAAAAUUUAUACAAUAACAUCAAAUUGGAACAAUUAGUCAUACGAUGAUGGUGUCGGAUCGAUAUGAUCGCGGGAAGGCUUUAGUUCUCCGUAAGCCACAGUGGCGGUGCCUAGUAACGUCCAUUCGAAUAUCUAAUCGAUUUGCGUAUGCGGUGUUCGGUAAGGGGAAGACGAAGGAAAGCAUGAUUGGGAUUUUAGUGUUACGAUCAAAGACGUUCGAUUAAAACACCAAUAUUGCGAGUACGCACAUUCAUACUUCCAAAACUACACAGUAAUAAAAUACCCCACAACUUAACGACUAAGCCUAGACGACGCAAUACACAUCGCCCGUGAUCAGGCCAACCAAAUGAACCCACACAAACACUAAAAUCCGUAUUCCGUAGUGUAGCGUAGUAAAGUAGAGAGAAAGGAAAAGAGAGCUGAUGUUUGGUAGACUGUAGGUUGCGAAAACGUAGGUUGGAGUAAAACAUUGCCACAGAAAGCCAUAAUCUCCCACGUACCACGUUUCUGGUGUCUGCGGCCACAUCAGACUCCCAGUGUGUUAUACGAAGCAACGAAACUGAAACCUUUGAAAUUCUGAUAGUUUGUUAUAGUUCGUAAAACAAAACAUCGGGGAAAGUUUUAUUUUCUCGACCACUCGGACUGUGUUCUAACGGUGCCGAAUUUCGUUCGCCAAUCCAGUGUGUUCCGAAACCCGUUUUUUUUUCUCCAGGCAUUGGGUUGGUUUCAGAACAUAGCAUAAAACGCGCAACGGUGCUAACAGUAAAUCCUUUGACUGAUAUGCGCAAGAAUUUAUUGCACCAACGAUGAGCAAAGCAUUUGAUAGGCAACAACGGUGGCGACUAGAGAAUGCGAAAUAUUUACAUUGCUGUACCCACAGUAACGAAUGAGCAGCCGCUACAGUGACGCGAAGCGAUAGUAGUAGUAAAACCAGUAGAAGAGAAUAAAAUCGCACCUGGCCUCUGAACAUGGACUGAAUGAAUGGCGCCUUUAGCUCGGACUAGUACGGAUUCAAACUGCGUGGUUCAUUUGAUAUUUUGUUUUUAACCUACAUCUGGUUGAGCUACGGAUUUGCGUGUCUCGAGCUGCGACCUGUGUGCAGUUUUUAACGAUUUUUUUUUAUAAAAAAUUAUUUUAAAAUUUAAGACGCUCAUAAACACAUGCCAAAAGCCCCAUGUAAAUCAAAACCUAUAUCAUCAACACUAUAAAAACCAUCGUCUAGUUCUUAUACCCACAUGCACCACCAUGCUUUUCAUUCCGGAGAUACAGAGAAAAUUAUAGGGCAAGGGCAGAGGAAAUGCUAGAUGAUUUAAAAUCAUAAACCGCUAACAAUACGCACUAAUACUAUCUUCCUCUCUUUAGGCAACCAAGGAACCGGAACUAAUGUAUAGUAUUUCUAACCUGUUAGAACACCCUAUUCAUAAUCUCCUCAUCCAUUCUACAACACUGCGGUGUUGCCGUGCAGCAUAAAGGAUAAUAAGUAACUUACACUUGAAGCACAAAACACAAACUAAUAAACGAGCAAAGUCGUGUUCCUCCUCUUCCAUUUAAUCGAAUGGUACCCCGGGCUUAGCGUCCUGUACUAUCUGCGUUACUAUUGAAACACAGAGUAUUCUGGUUUUUUGCGUUGAAAAAGGAUUCGCCCAGAAUGUGUGCAAGCAGAACAUACAAAAAACUAACCGUAUCCACCAUAUAUGCCGUCGCAUCAAUAUAAGACAUGUUGUUUUUUUUUUCAUUUUCGGUACCAGAGCGUUAGGAGGAAUUUUCUUUUUGCGCAAAGCCAAAAUAUAAACUACUUGGCAAGUCAUCAGUGAGUGAUAUAACCUGCAGCAACUGUCCUAUCACUAUCAGUACCGAUUAGUCUUCAAGUGGUAAUAAUGAAACGAAAAUGACUGGCCCUGACCAAGAAAUUAUGACUGGUAGCGUGCGAUGCAUAGAGUCACAGAACUUGCAUCGUCUCUAGUAUAGCUCGCUUGCCAUUUGUUUGCGCACGUGAAGAUUUUGAGUAUGUUUGAUUAAAUGCAUGAUCAUCUUUUGUUCUCACCGGCGUCAAAUGGAAUCAAAAGCAUAGUUUCGUUUUAGUGUACUAUUCAAAUCCAUCCACGGGGGUUAACGCUUUUGCCGUUCACAAACCAGUGUUCGUGUUACGUGUUUUGUUACAUUAGCUACGAUUUUAAGUACGCUUUCAUGAUUUGUAGCGUACGCCAACACUCAAACGGUGCAUAAAUCGUGUUUAUCAAAACGAAUGAAAUGAAGUCGCACAAUAAUGAACGCAAAAAAGGUGAACGGCGCGGACGCGACGGUAUACACGAUACAUUAACUACCGAAGCAAAAUAACGUAAAGCAAAGUAUAUAUACAUAUACAUAUAUACAGAUA